AUGCCCACAUUCGUUGUUUACCAUCACGGCGAAAUCCUACAAGAGGUAAAGGGAGCGGAAAAAGACGCUCUCACCACUGCAGCUAUGGCUGGCGUGCAGGUUGCCAACGGCGAAGUCUCUAAAGCGUCGAAGGAAACAAGUAAUGAUGACGGUUCGACCUGGCUAGGUGCUCCUGCGCCGCGAACUUACCAGGACAUUACAGAUGAAGUAGAAGUGAAGGGCAUAGAUAUGCUUAACCGUGACGACGAAGCCGGCCCAGCGAGAAGUUUGUUCGACAGCCAGAUUCCCAGUACCCUUGCCGCCACCAAUGCUAAGGGCAAAGAAAACGAGCCUACAACCCCUGACUGGGUGCUAAGCGACACAGACGAGCAAUUGAUUGUGUUCAUCCCCUUCCAAUCCUCCACCAAGGUUCAUUCUCUACAAAUAACUUCACUCCCACCAUACAGCGAUGACGAAGAGGAUGCACCUAUGCGGCCAAGGACUAUAAAGCUCUUUACAAACCACACCCACAUUAUCGGAUUUGAGGAUGCGGAUGACUCCAAACCUGUGCAGACUUGCGAAAUAUCUCCGAAGGAUUGGGAUCCAAAGACGGGGACUGCCACCGUUGAGCUCCGGUACGUCCUGUUCCAGGGAGUUUCUUCCCUCAAUGUGUAUUUUGUCGACGGCGAUGGGGAUGGUGAGAAGAUAAGAGUAGACAGACUACGCAUCUUCGGCGAGAAAGGGGAGAAGAGAGAAGGUGUUAUAGAGAAGGUUGGCGCCUCAGGCAAUUGA